ACGUUGCUGAGAAUAUUGAAUAUAUUUGUGAAUGCGUCGUUUAUGUUUACUUGCGCUCUAACGCUGCAACUGCAGUUCAAAGGUCGUUAUUUCUUUCAGUUCAGAUUUGAAAGUUUCCUGUCUUUUUCGUUGGAUUUUACUCGCUAUAGUUUCCCACAUGGCGGAGAAGUUUGAUCCAGCAGAGCACCAGCAUGUGCGGUACAACCCCCUGAAGGGAGACUGGGUGCUGGUGUCGGCCCACAGGAUGAAGAGGCCGUGGUCGGGGCAGGAGGAGAAACCCCCAGAGGAGGACAUUCCACGACACGACCCCAAGAACCCCCUCUGUCCCAGGGCUACCCGCGCCAACGGAAAGGUGAACCCAGACUACGACAGCACCUUCCUGUUUGACAAUGACUUUCCAGCCCUCCAGCCAGAUGCACCCGACCCAGGUCCAAGUGAACAUCCUCUCCUACAGGCAGCCUCUGCAAGAGGGAAAUGCCAGGUGAUGUGCUUCCACCCAUGGACAGACAUCACCCUUCCCCUCAUGUCAUUGGCCGAGAUCAGGACUGUGAUUGACAGGUGGGCAGAGAUCACCACCGACCUAGGGACCAAUCACAGAUGGGUGCAGGUUUUUGAGAACAAGGGUGCUGUGAAUGGGUGCUCCAACCCUCAUCCUCACUGUCAGGUCUGGGCCAGCAACUUCAUGCCAAAUGAGGCAACAGCUGAGGACAACAACCAAAAAGAGUACUUCAGCAAACACCAAUCCCCAAUGCUUGUGGAUUACUAUAACCUGGAGAAGGAGAAAAGGGUGCGGAUAGUUGUGGAGAAUGAGGACUGGUUGGUUGUGGUGCCGUACUGGGCCGUGUGGCCGUAUGAAACACUGGUGCUGCCCAGGAGACAUGUCCUCAGGCUGCCGGACCUCACCAGCAGUGAGAGGGAUGCCCUCGCAGACAUUACAAAGCGACUUCUGUGCAAGUAUGACAACCUGUUUGAGGUGUCCUUCCCUUACUCCAUGGGCUGGCACGGUGCCCCCACAGGGGAUCUGACUGAUGCUGAGAACAGCCACUGGCAGCUCCAUGCACAUUACUACCCCCCUCUGCUGAGGUCAGCCACAGUAAAGAAGUUCAUGGUGGGUUUUGAGAUGCUGGCUCAGGCCCAACGCGACCUCACAGCGGAACAGGCUGCUGAGAAGCUGAGAAACCUCCCUGAGCUCCACUACAAGAUAAAAAGGCAACAAGAAGACUAAAGAAUUCACCUUUAAUGGAUGAGCUUCCAUCAGCCUAGCUUAGAGUCAAACCUCAUCAUCUCAGGAUCAAAGUUGACUUGUGAAUAAGGAACCCCCCCCCCAACACUGGCUCCAGAUAACUUUGUCAGGAGCCAAGAUUCUUAAUCAAACUUGAUCAGGUGCAAUAUUAAUAUCUGAUUCAUGCUGUUUCAUGCCUCACUUCCAAAAUGCAACUUGCACAAUGUGCCAUAGAGAUCAUUGAUUAUCCAGUGUGUCAUGGUUGGUUCUUGCUCUUCUAGAGUGUCUAGAAUUGUACAAUUUUAUGGGUAAUUAUAGUACGGUUGUGGAAAACUUUUCUGAAUCAAAUGCAAUGUCAGCCUGAU